AUGCUCUACGCCGAAGACGACAAGCUCGUCUUCCGCUUCGACGACCACAUCCUCUGGAUCCAGCCAUGGGGCGAGAAUGCCUUCCGCGUGCGAGCAACAAGACAGGCGUCAAUUCCAACGGAAGAUUGGGCCCUCUCCUCCAAGCCAUCCAGUCCAAGCCCAAGCAUUGAGAUAUCCGCCGACCAAGAAGCGACUAUCACCAACGGCAACAUCAAAGCAACGGUGUCACGCAGAGGCAAGAUUAUUAUUUAUGAUUCGAAGGGAAACAAACUCCUCGAGGAGUAUGCCCGCCACCGCCAGGACCCAAAAGACCCCAAGUGCAGCGCGUUGACUGUCGAAGCUCGCGAGCUGCGUCCAAUCCUGGGCGGCGACUACCACCUCACUAUGCGAUUCGAGUCUCUCGACCAUAAAGAGAAGAUUUUCGGCAUGGGGCAGUAUCAGCAGCCCUACCUGAACCUGAAAGGUACAGAUCUUGAGCUGGCGCACCGUAACUCCCAGGCUAGUGUUCCUUUUGCGAUUUCGUCGCUCGGCUAUGGCUUCCUCUGGAAUAACCCCGGCAUCGGACGGGCGGUUCUGGGAACAAAUGUCAUGAGCUUCGAAGCGUACUCGACCAAGGCAUUGGACUACUGGGUUGUGGCGGGUAACACCCCCGCGGAAAUUGAAGAAGCAUAUGCCAAAGUGACAGGGUAUGUUCCUAUGAUGCCCGAAUAUGGUCUUGGUUUCUGGCAGUGUAAACUCCGCUACACGAACCAGGAGCAGCUGCUCAAUAUCGCACGCGAGCACCGACGUCGCGAGAUUCCUCUAGAUUUGAUCGUCAUCGACUUCUUCCAUUGGAAACAUCAAGGAGAAUGGAGCUUUGACCCGGAGUUCUGGCCAGAUCCAGAGGCCAUGGUCAAGGAGCUCAAAGAGCUCAAAGUCGAGCUUAUGGUUUCCAUCUGGCCUACUGUCGAAAACGCAUCCGAAAACUUCCCAGAAAUGCUCGAGCAAGGACUUCUCAUCCGCCACGAUCGUGGGAUGCGCGUAGCGAUGCAAUGCGACGGCGACAUCACGCACUUCGACGCAACGAACCCGGCAGCACGAAAGUACAUCUGGAGCAAAGCCAAGCAAAACUACUACGACAUAGGCAUCAAAACAUUCUGGCUUGACGAAGCCGAGCCCGAGUACUCGAUCUACGAUUUCGACAUCUACCGCUACCACGCCGGCAGCAACCUACAGAUCGGAAACAUCUACCCGAAAGAAUACGCCCGGGGAUUCUACGAAGGCAUGACCGCAGAGGGUCAAACGAACAUAGUCAACCUCCUGCGAUGCGCAUGGGCAGGCAGCCAGAAGUACGGAGCACUAGUGUGGAGCGGCGACAUCGCAUCGUCAUGGAGCUCAUUCCGCAACCAACUCGCAGCAGGUCUAAACAUGGGUCUAGCUGGGAUCCCGUGGUGGACGACAGAUAUCGGCGGCUUCCACGGCGGCAACCCAGACGACCCUGUGUUCCGCGAGCUGUUCACGAGAUGGUUCCAGUGGGGAGCGUUCUGUCCGGUUAUGCGGCUGCAUGGUGACCGUGAGCCGAAGCCGGAGGGACAGCCGACGGCUAGCGGGGCAGAUAAUGAGAUCUGGUCGUAUGGAGAUGAGGUUUAUGAAAUAUGUAAACGGUAUGUUGGGAUUCGUGAGCAGCUUCGUGAGUACACGCGGGGGUUGAUGCGGGAGGCUCAUGAGAAGGGGACUCCUGUGAUGAGGACUUUGUUUUAUGAGUUCCCGUCGGAUGAGCGGGCUUGGGAGGUUGAGACUCAGUAUAUGUUUGGAUCGAAGUACCUGGUUGUGCCUGUGUUGGAGCCAGGCCAGCGCAAAAUUAAGGUAUAUCUGCCGGGUGGGGUAUCGUGGAAGCUCUGGGACGAGAAAGAUAUUGUGUAUGAGGGCGGUCGCAAUGUUGAGAUCGAAUGUCCGAUCGAAAGUAUGCCUGUCUUUUGCCGCCAGUAG